CAGAAAAUAAAAAUGCUUGCUCUCUAGUCUGUAUAUCUAUCUAGCAUUCUCUCUAUCUUUCUCCUUCCUAUUUCUCUCCUUAUCUUUCUUUCUUUCCUUCUUUCAAUCUUUAACCACACACCUUUAGUUUCUUUAUGUUUUCCAGCAGGCAAAGGCUCUAGAGGAUCCAACUUUAACCACAUAUCUGUCUGUGAAAGUAUUUCUUUUCCCAUUUCAGAUAAAACAUGACUUCUUUGACCAUCCAGAUGGCGAGAUGGCUGAAGAAGGAAGCAGUAUGGAGAUAUGUGGGGUUCGUUUCAACUAUUCUUGGACUACUCUGUUAUGGUCUCAGCUCCUCCUUCAACUCUCUCUUCGGAGAGUGGAGCUUGUUGAAGAUCUUUCUUUACAGUAUUUUUAGUCUCUUCAUCUGCCUUUGGAGUCUCUUUCCAAAGGUAUGGCAACACUCAACUAAUCUCCGAUUCAAAGCUCAUUUAGCAUUCUUGGUUUUGACCAUUACAUCUGUGUAUUCCUAUUUUGCGGAUAAAGUUGUGAAUCGAAAACCAGAUGCAUAUAGCUUGAUUUCUUCUGCUGCCUUUGCUAUCGUGUCCCUCAGCCUGUCAAGGCAAACUGAGUGUGGAUUUGAAGUGGAUUUUUUUUAUUUUUUCCUGGGAUGUCUAAUAGUACAACUCUUGAAGAUUAAAUUGGCAUUAGUUAUUGUUGGAGUAGGUUUUAGCUAUGCCCUUAUUAUUCUUCGUUCCUCUUUAUAUACCAUGCCAUACCAGAAUCUUGGAGUCCAAGAUGAGCAUUCACUAGUGAUUGAUGUCAAUUCGCUACGUACAGAUAAUGCUACUAUGAUGCCACAACUCAUGACUUGUAUCAGGGCACUUCAGCAGGGCAAUUCAAAUGUCACCAACAUGCUUUCUAAGCUUGUGAAGGAAUACCUUGAAGAUAAUUCCAAACCAGUAGUAAUUGACAGAAACUUUGUGAUUGAUGCGCUACCUUCGGGAAAAAUCAAUGACCUUCGCAAAAAUAUAAAGCUGGUAAUGGGCGUUGGGUUUGCAAAGGAGUGCUACGAGGUGUACUGUAACUGGAGGAGGGAAAGCUUAAAGGAGUGCUUAAUAAAUUUAUUAGGCUUGCCAGAGAUUAAUGUGGAGGAGAAAAGUAGAUUGUUGGAAUUUGAAAAUUACAUUCUUAGAAGACGUAUUGAGGCUAUCCAGGUCGCUCUUGGAACACUAAUUCCCAGUGAGCGACGACUCUGUGAUAGCGUCUUCCAGGGGUUCUCUUAUGUGGCUGAUCUUUGUUUCACUGAUAUUUGUCGGGGAACCUCAAUUCAAUUGCUGAAUAUUGCUGUUGUGUUUGCGAGAGCUAGCCCUUCAUACUGGCGUUGGUUCGAAAUCAUUGGCAUGUUUGAGGCAUGGCGUGACGAAAUUCCUGAGUUUCAAUCGUUGUUUCCAGAGUCAGUGGUAAAAAAAGCAAUGGCAAUCCAUGACGAAUUAGGAGAAGCAAGCAGGGACAUUUUUAUGAAAGUGAUAAAUAUGAUUUUCCAUAACCCAGAGGCGAAGAUAAUGGUAAGAGCCAUGGAUGGCAAGAUUAAGGUAAUGACCAUUAAUGUCAUGAGUUACCUCAUUGGUUUGGCCGAUCAGACCUCGGAGCAUAAUGGAGCUGGAACAUCUUCACUUUCUGUGCAGAUUGAUCGAAUAAUGAAGCGUUUGGAGAGAAAAUUGGUGGCAGAGAGCAAACAUUUGGGAGAAAGACGGUACUUUUUCAUGAUGAAUAGUUGGAGGUUGGUAGAGCUAUGUGCCGAAAAGUCGGGGUUAGACGUUGAUUGUUUCAAAAAAUACACAGCAAAAAUUCAACAAAACCUCAAACUUUAUCAAAGAAGCUCUUGGAAUGUGGUGCUAGACUUGUUGAAGCUAGAGAACGAUGAUCGGUUUGUGGAGCCUAAUGCUAACGCAGAGUCUAUGAAAGACAAGCUCAAAUUGUUCAACAACCACUUUAAGGAUCUAUGUAGCAUUCAAUCUAGAUGGGCUGCCUUUGAUAUGCAGCUGAGGGAACAAAUAAUAAUGUCGCUAGAAAACAUUUUGUUGCCAGCAUAUGGAAACUUCAUUGGGAGGUUCCAAAAUAUUCUUGGUAAACAUUCUUAUGAGUAUAUUAAAUACGGAAUGUUUGAUAUUCAAGACCAAAUCAACCAUUUGUUUCUCGAAACCAAGCCAAUGAGUCAGAGACUUCUAAAGUUUGUAUCUCAGGUUUGUAGUUCUAAAAACACUUAUGUAUAAAAAUGGAAAGAAAAGAUGAAAAUAAUUUGGUUGUUUUUUCAUUCUGAAUCAUAGAGUCAAUAUAUACACAAAUACAUAUAUCUAAUUAGA